GCGCAAGGCGGUGACUUUGAGCAAUCACCGUGUGUGUUGUGUAGUGUUGCCAGCGAUUGUGUGUAUACUGUGAUUGUGAUGGCAGAGGCUGACGAUGGAAAUAUAUAUAAAUCUAGAUCUAGUCUAAAUAUUUCAGUGACAAAAUUAUUUCAUUAAUGAGUUCUGAAAUUCAAUUGUGUUUCACGAGUGCAUAUUCUUUUGUAGAUCUAAUCGAUUUGAUAGUUACACCGGCAACUUUCUAUCUCUUCGUGUGUAUAACAACAACAAAACAGUGAAACGGAAAUAGACUAUUCUACUUUUAACUUUACUAAGUCUAAGCACUCUACACUACUUGUCUAGUUCAGUGGAUGAUCUAGAUAGUCUUAGAUAUAGAGCCUAGUUUCCACACCUAGAUCUAACUAGUCUUGAUAUAAUACAUAUAGAACUAGACUUACUAGUCAAGAUCUACCAAGGUGCCAUACUACUACUAGAAUCUAGAUGUAGAUCCAAUCCAGGUCUAGGUCUAGAUAAGGCUUUAAUUUCCAUUUCAAACUAUGGCGAGUUGCAGAACUAACAACACUGAAAAUAGUGAUGCUAAUUUUACCAAAGAACCAAGGGUUUCUUUCUCAGGAGACACAUUAGACAAUGACCAUUGUAAAGUGACCAUUCGUACCCCUAGUGCCACUUCAAAAAAUAAGAAACACAAACAUGAUCAUUUCUUACCCAAACCUUUUGAACGCUCAAAUGGAAGUUUACUGAAUCCUAAAUUUGAUAGUGAAAUUCUUGAGAAUUAUCUGCAAAAGUGUUAUUUCCCACAAGCGAAAAGGUUAUUUAGACAUAUUGUUUACUAUGUGACUAUUGCUUCCUUUUGUUGGUUAGUAUUUUUCGGACUCAAGCAAAUAAAAUUUAAAAAAGAAAACUGGCUAUAUUUUGUGGGCGGCUCAAGUGCCCUGCUGGCUAUCAUGCUAACACUUUUAUUUAUCACCUGUACAAGACAUUACGCAGUUUACUCUAAAUCAAUAGCCUACAUUUUAGCAGUCAUAUUAGUAAUAACAGUGCAGCUUCCAUAUGUGUUUGAAUCUCCGGAUAUAUCGCCAGUAGGUACCUUCUGUGGGGUUGUGGAGAUAUUGAUUUUAUUAUAUUCAUUUUUUCCCAUCAAUUUAUUUGCCGCUGCUGGACUUGGAUGCUUUCUGUCCAUAUCAUAUGAAAUCAUUAUCGCUCUUAGAUACCCAGAAAUGUGUAAGGCUUACUUUAUUAUCUCAAAACUUUUGCUUCAUCUCAUUGUACAUCUGAUCGGAACAUUCAUAUACAUUAUGUCAAAUACGAGGGCACGUAGUAGUUUUUCAAAAAUUGGUCAGUCUGUUAGUGCCCAGAGAGAUCUGAUGAUAGAGCGAGAAAUUAAAGAAAAAAUGAUCCACUCACUCAUGCCCCCAGUUGUAGCACGCUCUGUCAUGGCGGCCCACCCUUCGAAAGAGGAUGAAGAGAAAGAUGAGAGUGAGAAAAAGAAGCAAAGAAAAACCAAACACGUCAAGGGUGAAAUCAUUUUCAGAAAAUUUCAAAUGGAUGAGAUGAAAAAUGUGAGCAUUUUGUUUGCGGAUAUCGUCGGCUUCACAAAGAUGAGCUCAAAUAAAAGUGCUGAGAGGCUUGUCGGUCUGUUAAAUGAUUUGUUUGGCAGAUUUGACAAACUGUGUAACGCCUCAGGAUGUGAAAAGAUCAGUACACUAGGAGAUUGUUACUAUUGUGUCUCCGGAUGCCCAAACCCUUGCGAGGAUCAUGCGAAAUGCUGUGUAGAAAUGGGCCUCAGUAUGGUCAUCGCCAUCAGAGCAUUUGAUGAAGAUCAUAAAGAAGAGGUGAACAUGAGAGUGGGUGUGCACACUGGCACAGUGCUCUGUGGGAUUGUAGGAACUGUUCGUUUUAAGUUUGAUGUUUGGUCCAACGAUGUAACACUCGCCAACACCAUGGAAUCUACUGGGGAGCCAGGAAAAGUUCAUAUUUCAGAGUCGACAAGAAGUUUCCUUGUGGAUGAAUACGAGAUGGAAGAGGGAGUGGAAGUGCCAGAUAUGCGAGGGAGAAAAGAACUGAUAGAACACUAUGACCCUGCCAUGUCCAGCUUUACCAUCAAACACAGGGAGGAGACACGCAAUAUCAAGACUUAUUUCAUCAUCGGACGUAAACCCGGUAAAGUCGGUAUACCUGGCCUGGAGCAACUGGCUGACGAGAGACCAGCUGACCUGCACGUGGAGAGAGCCAUCAGCCCGGGAAGUAGCCCGGCGAACAGUGUGAUACCAACAGUGAAUGAAAGUAACAAUGAGACCAAUGACACAACUGUGGAUCUCUUCUCCAAACGUAUCCCAGACAUCAUGACUUCAGAUGACAACAGAAACAAGAAUGCUAAGACUGCGGACCAAACAGAACUGUGUGUGGUGAAGAAGGAUACUAUGUGGAAAGUAGUCUGUGGGAAGUCUGCCUGUCCUCCUGUGGUCAUGACAUCAUUUAACUCUGCCACAGCCACACAGCCAGCCACACAGGACCUUGUACCUUAUACUGCUACUGUAGACACCAGUCUGUUGAAUAAAAAUAGAAAAGUGUCAUUCACAGCAGAACAAGACAAACUACUCAUUGAGCUGAUGGAGAAAGAAAACAAAAACAACGAAGCAUUUUUCAAGCCCAAAAAUUUAAAUAAAUUGACAUUGACCUUUGACCGGGAAAUGGAAAAUAUUUAUCGGCAUGAAUUUAAGGACAGUGUAUAUUUGCGCAGCCACCUUUUCCAAGAGAACAUGCUGUCAUCUCCUCGUUACCAGAUGACAGUGGAGGCGGCCAUUGCUUUCAUUGUGUUAGUGGUCCUGGCUGUGGCCUGUCACAUCAUGUUCCACUUCACUUGCACACUGGGCUUAAUUGUGCUGACUGUGGUGGGUCUUGUGGUUCAAGCCUUGGUCUUCAUUGAUGCUCUGACCAAUAUUAUUAGUCUGAAGGCUAAAAGUGCUUAUUGUCCCUUGUACUUACGGAUAACUUUGAGUUGGUACUUUCGAAAUGCUCUGGGUGUUAUCCUUGCAACCAUCCCAUCAGCUCUGGUCUACCUCAGCAUGUCAUGUGAUCUGAUUUCCACCAAUAAUUGGCAUGAUCGAUUUUUCUGCUUUGGAGUCGUGGUGGCCCUACUUCAGUAUUGCAACUAUAGCAUGCUGCGCUCAUACGCCAAGUCCCUGAUGGCCAUCAUCAUUGGCUCCAUUCUUAUAGUGCUGCUAUUCAUCAACAUCUGUAACUCCCACUUUCCUGGCUCUGCUGCUACCCCGCUGGUCAAUGCCAGUUUUUUCGGCAAUGCAACUUAUACCAUGGUCACUGCCAGCAGCAUUGCAAACACCACAUCGGCCAAAGGCAUUUUAUCUCUGCUUCCAUCUGACAAUCCUGACAAUCUUUUGUUUUCUGGCUAUCACUUCUUACAGUUUGAAAUUAUUCUCAGCAUUUUGCUAUUGCUUCUGCUGAUCACCAUACUGAACUAUGAGUUUGAGAAUUCGUACAGAUUGAGUUUCCAUGCAAGUGUGAAGGCUCAGAAAGACAAGGAAAACAUGCAGUUGAACAAAGAUCAAGCGGAGUGGCUUCUCCAUAACAUUAUCCCAGCUCAUUUAGCAGAGAUCUUCAAGAGUAACCGCAGCUACUCCCGCAACCACCAGGAUGUGGGCGUUAUAUUUGCUACCAUUGUCAACUUUAACGAGUUUUAUGAUGAGAUGUAUGCAGGUGGCCGGGAGUACCUCAGGGUCCUUAAUGAGCUGGUCAGUGACUAUGAGGUCAUGCUGAAUGAGCCAAGGUUUAAGGAUGUGGAGAAGAUUAAGACGAUCAGCUCCUCUUUCAUGGCAGCAGCUGGGCUGAACGAGGAGAGCCGAGCCAAGAACAAGAAUCCUUAUGCCCACCUUUAUGCUCUAAUGGAGUUUGCCACUGAGCUCCAGGUGGUAGUCAACAACUUCAACGAGAGUAUAUUCAACUUUAACUUCAUCUUGAACAUAGGCUAUAACUAUGGACCUGUGACCGCUGGGGUCAUCGGCACCACCAAGCUCUUGUACGACAUCUGGGGUGACACUGUGAACAUAGCUAGCCGAAUGUACUCCACUGGGGAGGAUAACAGGAUCCAGGUCCCCCAGGGUACAGCCGAAUGUUUAAGUCCCAUGUUUGACUUUAGUUACAGAGGAGAAAUAUUUGUGAAGGGAAAAGGCAUGAUGAAGACGUAUUUACUUGAAGACCGAAAACCUGGUGCUCAUUGGGACUGAAUGCUUGUGUUUCUUAGCAAUAUGUUUUUCAUUGGAGCUGUCUUGUAUUUUAUCCUGCCUCAAAACAAAAAAUUAUAUUAUUUUAAAUCUAUUUUUCAAAAGCUAAAGUUGUGCAGUAUUUAUUGUCCCUGACAUUUGAUUGAUAUAUUUUGUUGCAACAAAAGCAAAUACAAACCACAAUUAUUGACCCCUCAGUUUGACUUAUUUGAACUGUAUCUUUCAUGUACACAUUUUUAUAUUGUGAAUAUUGGUCAGUCAUAUUUUUGAAUUACAUCUAUGGUCUCUACUUAGCAGUCAAAUAUUGACUCUUUUAAUCAUAAAAGUUCAAUUUUUUUUUUUAAUUAGCAGUCUAAUAUUGACUCUUUUAAUUGUAAAAGUUCAAUUUUUUAUUGAAUCAGCAGUCAGCUACUGAAUGUUUUAAGGUUGAAUUUUUUUUUAUCUUUCACAAAUGGGCAACUUUUUAGCCUGCAAGUAAAUUUUUAUGUCAUUAAUCAUGGCUUGGACAUCAUAUGUUCUUUCAAUUUUUAUCUUUGUAUAUCUCAAUAGCUAAAUAUUAUAAAUAAAUUAAAGGAUUCAGCCUCAAAGAUUCCAGCAUUAAUGUAUAUUGUUUAUGGUUGUUUAUAUAAUAAGUAUCUUUAAUAUGUGAUAGACAUUACAUUAAAACACAUUUUUGUAUUUAAUGUCAGGUGUUUUAUAGUUCUAACGAAGAAGUUCUUUUUUUCUGAUGCUUUAUUUCAUAGAUUUGUCAUGGACAUAACCAAAAUGAAAACCUUCUAUUUAUUACAUUGGCGAGAUGAAUCUAGUCUAAUUUCAGGUAUUGCAUCCAAUAUUGUCUUGAUAUUAUUGCCAUUGUCUAGUGUACAACUUAUCCCAUGCUGAAUGAUAUACAAAAAUAAAUGCCAAUUUUCUUUUAGUUUUCUCUACCUAAAGAAAUAAAAACUUUCUCUCAGUUUGGCUUUUUUUUUCUAAUUGUGACCAAAAUUUAAUUUAAAAAAAAAAAGAGAAUAUAUGUAACUUUACAAAAAAUGAAUCUCGAAAGUAAAUGUUCAUUAAGUUCUUUAAUUAAAUUUGUUCUAGGAAAUGUUUUUUAAAAAAAUGGAGCUGUUCUAAAAGACAUUUGGACAGGCUUAGUCUCAGUGGACCACAGGCUAGUCAGCAUUAGGAAAGAGAAAAUCAAAUAGUUUCUUUGUUUCUCUGCUCCUGCAAAGAUCUUUCUUUUUUUGCCCUUAUGUCAGUAAUUCAUUUACCUCCACACUGACUGGAUCUCACUUUACGUCAAGAAAUAAUUAGAAAGUCUCAAUACAUAAGGCACAAAACUAAUUGACAACUAAGACUUGAUUGUAAGUAGAAGAUAUAUUCUGUCAAACAUUGUACUCAGCAUUGGGAUCUGUUGUAUGUAUUUUGCAAGAUUUUGACAAGUCAAACAUUAUAGCUGUUGUAAUUGCUGUGCUGUUGAUGAGAUUGUGAGGAUACUUUGUAACAAAAAGUGUUUUUAAUUUCGUGUGUCCCCCAACACUGCAAUGAUAUGGUUGUGUUUUUUUUUUGCCAAUAUUGAAUCAAGAUUGUGAAUAUUUACUUUUAUUAGGUGCUUUAAAUUUUCCUUUUUAGCCAUUGAAGCUUUUUAAAACUGAUUUGUGAUGGUAUAUGCCAAUGGAAUCAUUGAUAUAUUUGAUUUGGCUUUCUUAGGAAAGAAUAGAAUGGAGAAUUUUAUUUAUUUAGUUUCUUUCUUUUUUCGUCUUCCAGUUUUGUACAAACCCUGUGAAUUUCAAUUAGAUGCCUUUAGCCUUAAGCUUUGUGUUUUUAUUUUUUUAGCCAAAACGAUGAGACUAGUAACAUCAAAGUUACUAAUAACCCAACUGAACAAAAAAAAGUUAAUUUGUUUUAUUUCCUGGUUAACCAAAUGUCUGGAAAAAAAAGGUUUUUGACUUCUGAUGAAUAAUUUUGUACUUGAAAAUAUUGUUUAUAUGUGAUUUUAUUUCAAUAAUAGAGAAAAAGUUUUAUAGGGCAUUGUGGGAACUUCUCACAAACCUGUUUGCUCAAGUUUGAAUGGGACAGUUGGCAGAAUGUCUGUGAAUUUUUUAACCUGAUUUUGUCUGUUUGCAAGAGAUGUAUGAGAUUUAUCUUGUGGAUGUUUGAGAAAGACCUUCAGUGCUAAAAGUCAAAAUGCUCACACUUGAACUUUGAUGCCUUACAAUCACAUAUACAAGUUUAAAAUAAGGGAGCAUACUUAGCAAAUAAUUGUUUCAAAAAUUCUCAUAAUUUCAAGAUAACAUGGAGACUUGAAAAGUCAAACAGGAUGUGAUUGUAAUUAUCAGAAGUGAGCGUUCCAUACUUUAAAUUAAUUUAGCCUACUGGUCGACAAUUAACAAAUAUUUAUAUAUGUUUUUCAGGGUAGAGUAUGUAGUGCAAACUAUCUCAAGCAAUGUAAAUUUUUUAAAUGUUUUUGUUGGCAAAAACUUUUUCCUGUUGUUAUGUUAGUUGUUUGUUUGUUUUAAUUCUCUUCAAGUACACAGUGUGUUUCUCUAUUCAUGUGAACUGUUUGUGUUUGAAAUAUUUCAACUCUUUAUGUAAUAACUGUGUCAGUCUGCUCAUGCCUCUAUCAUUAUUUAUAUACAUUUAUAUAUUUACAUUUAUAACAAGAAAUUCCUAGCAUAUUUACAUAGUAAUCUGUUCAUCUGCGUAUUGUUCAUUUGAUAACAUUUGUCCCAUUCUGUGCUCCAUACUUUUUCUCCAUAAGCAUCAAUGAAAUGUGCUUGACUUCAGAAGAAAAAGAAAAAAAUUUUGUGAAACAGUUUGAGAACGUCCACAUAAAAUGUGUGAAUAGUGCUGCUAUUUUUUAAAUCUUUAGUGCGUCCUGACAUUAAAAACUAGUAAAAUAUGAACUUUUACUAAGAUAAAAAAAAAGAUGUAAAAUUUCUUGAUUGAAUUGUGCACAUUCUGUAUUGCAAUAUGUUUUGUUUGUAUGUGAUUUGGACAUUUUAUUAACUUGCAUGUGUUUCUUCUCGAGUGUCAUUCUAAUCAAGGUUUAAAAUAUUAAUUAACAAGUUGA